AUGGGUAAAGGCAAAGGCAAAGUCGCCAAGCGCGCUGAAAAGUCGGCCAAAAAAGUCGCAAAGAAGGCAGCAAAGCGGGCAGCGCGCGAAGCCGCAGGAACCCUCCCAAAGCCAAGGUCGGCCGACGAUGGUCCUAGACCAAUGAAGAAGGCGAAAGUCCGAAGACCUCUUCUAUCUGGAAUGAAUCUGGACGAUCUUCCAGAAUUACCCACCCCGGCUGUGAAAGCGACUGAAGCUUUGAAGCAUGUCAAGUGGACGGCACUGUUUAAGAAACAUCUGGGGAUUCUUGAAGCGCAUGUCAAGGCUUUGGAUCGGGUGAUGCAGAGCUUGAAGUCUUAUAUGGCGAGUUUAGAGCCACAGGAGAGGGAGUUGUGGGAGUGUGGAGAGAAGGGAAAUUGGAAGAAUAUAUGUGGGUUGAUGGAUAGGGCGAGGGAGACGGUUGUUAGUGGAAGGAUUGCGGCAACUGGCAUGCUACCAGAGGAGGCAUUGAGGGAUAAGAAAGGUCUUGGAAUUAAGGGCUUCACUUUUGAACCACUAUUACCGAAGAUUGAGCAGCGAGCUAGGGAACUUGGGAAAGAUCCAAAUGCCAAAUACACAUUGCCGAAUGGGAUGGAAAAUACGGGUCAUGGUGGCAAUCGCAAGUUGGAGGACUCAUCAAGUUCCGCCGACGACUCGGAUUCUAGUUCUAGUUCAAGCGAUGAAAGCGACUCGGACACUGACCCCGCCUCCGAGAAAUCUAGCGAACUCCAAGAAGAUGCUACGGCUAAGCAAGCUGCCGGAGAUAAAGACACAGAGGGAAGUGGUUCCGAGGAAGUCGAAAGCAACCAGUAUUUUGUCAUUGAUACCAACCCAACCCCUGUGAAUCUUAAUGGCAAUGUACUCGAAUCCAAGAAGAAGAGCAAAAAGCGGGCGAACGAUGAGGGAGAAGGAGAGUCGACAAAGAAAGCCAAAAAAUCGAAAAAGGAGCAGCAGAUCAUUGUUCCGACCGAGCCAGCUCCGGAGCCAGAGACGUCUACAAUCAAAGUUCCUUCACUCAAAGACGAUGAUCCAGCCCAGGACGCCGAUACCAAAACUGAUAAGAAGUCCAAGAAAAGGCAAGCCAAGGAUGAAGAGAGUGAAGGCAAAAAGUCAAAGAAAACCAAGAAAGACAAGGCCCUAGCUGUAAACCCCGAGACAACUGAGCAAGCGACUUCUACGGUAGAUUUUACCGCCAUUCAGGCCCAAUUACAAGCAGAAGUCGACGAAGGCGUAAAGGCCAAGGAGGCACAACAUGCGGAAGCGGUGGAGAAGAAGGAUAAGAAGCGGCGACGAAGCUCUGAUGGCGAGGAGAAGCUGGGGAAGAAGGCCAAGAAAACGAAAGAGGAUACUGAAGAUAAGAAUGAUAAGGGGACGAAGGAGAAAAUAGAGAAGAAGGAUAAGAAGCGGAAGGCAGACGGGGAAGAGGUGGAGGUAGUGGAAAAGAAAAAGAAGCGGAAGGAAGCUUGA